AAACUUCCGCAACUGUUUUCAUCGGGUUGUGUCUGUUACUCUAUCGUUUGAUAAUAUGUAGUCAUAAUAUCUCGUGUUGUGAUUGCAAGGAAUAACUUUGGUUGUGGAUUUUAGGAGAACUAUUAAAAUGGCACCCUUGUGUAACAUCACUAAGAAUAUCCGUGAUUCGGUGAAGAAUGCGGUCGGGCAUCAUGUGCCGCUGUCGUUUACACGGAUGAUGAGGAUCGAUGCGAAGGGCAAGGGAUGUUUCGAAAUGAAAAUAUUGGUUCUUGCUAAACAUAGGCUGUAUAUACUCGGACAAAAAGCUCCCACAAAGAUAGAACAUUCUGUACAUUAUCUGGAGGUCCAAGGCAUGGAAAGCAAGACUCCUUCUUUGCUGACACUUCAAGUACCUGGCAAAAAGAUGUCGUUUCUCAGUCUGGAGAAGAUAACGGAUGAGAUGGAUAUGGUCAUCAAACGCAUUUGUUGCUCGAUCCACGAAAUAUUUCCCCAUCAGUCUCUAGGAGAUCUUAUCCCGGUUGUAGCAGUUUUAGAGUAUAGCACAUGGUUCAUAAGCUUAUCGUCCAAAGAUAUGAAGUUGUCUCAGGAUGUGCAACAACAUAUUGUGAGGGUUGUGGAAGCGUCAACCAGCUUGGAGGAAUUAAGUCUGGUUGCAGCCGGUUUGAAAUGCACGUUUAUCAGUACCUUUGUCCUCGAGGUGGUUACCGCUAAGGUCGAGCGCUGUCACACGACUGUUGGCACUGAGCAGGGCUGUGGACAGCUUCUGCACAAAAUCCCUGUACUCACGUCUUUCCUAGUGCAGGCUUCAUCGUUAUCACACCUGAACAUCUCGUCCAUGGACUGUCCACUAGAAACGGUGUUUGCGACACUCAUGCAGAGCUGCUGUCCGACCCUAUCCAGCAUCGACCUCUCGAUGAACCCGUUCCAGUCACGCUCGUCGCGGGACAAGCUCGCCGUCGUGCUCUCCUGCGUCAAGGACUUCUUCGCCUCCUGUCACUCGCUGCGGGACGUCAAACUCGCGGGGUGUCGACUCCCUACCGACGUCAUCAAGUGCGUGUUGCUGGGCAUCGCUUGCAACAAGAAGCUGCACGGCGUGUCGUUAGACCUGAGCGCUAACGAGAUGAGGAAGGAUGGAGCGUACCUGCUGGACGUUGUCCUGCCCGGAAUCACCAACAUCGUCAGCCUGGACAUCAGCGACAACGGUUUCGAUAAUGAGUCCUCGGUCGUAUGCACUGCGUUGAGUAGGAACAAGUCGAUACGGCAUGUCGCCAUGGGGAAGAACUUCAACAGCAUCAAGCCAAGAAAUCUGCUACCACAAAUAUUGGAGUAUGUGGUGCAAACAAUCCAAACCGAGAAUUCGAUAGAAUCGAUCUCGCUGGCCGACUCUAAGCUGAAGGUGGACACGUGUGUGAUCAUAAACGCGCUCGGGAGCAACAACACCCUGUCGCACAUCGACCUGAGUGGUAACCUGAUGGGACACAGCGGCGCGAAGAUGUUGGCAAAGGCGCUUCAGAUCAACACGAAGCUGACAUCUCUCGCCUGGGAUCGCAACAACACCAACGCGCAGGACUUCAUCGAAGUCGCACAUGCCAUGGAGAAGAACUACACGCUACAGUUUAUGCACCUGCCCCUCGUGGACAUGGCUAGUGCUGCCAAAGAAAACCUGGAGAAGACCGAGAAGGCAUUGAAGAAGAUCGAGGAAUACAUGUUCAGAAACAGAGCUCCGCAGAAGAUGUCCAGCGAUCAGUUGUUUCGGCUGCAGCAAGGCAUCCUGCUAGGCUCCACCCAACACAUGGUGGACAUGCUUGUGAUGAAGAUCAGAGAGGACCAGGAGAUGCUCAAGAAAUCUCCCCACGAGUCGAUACGACAUGACCUUGAGGCUGCGGACAGGCUAGCAGACGAUGCAGCCAGGUGCAAGCAGCUGCUGCCUAACCUGUAUCACGUGGCGGUGUCCGGCGACACGAGCGGCAGCAGCAUUGAGCGUAAGCUGCAGGAGAUAGCCAACGACCUUACGAAGGUCGUCGAGAAGCACAUGGAGGAGAACCUGCGCAGCAUGAUCGCGUGCGCCGAGCAGCUCUGUCCAAACUCCGUCACGGGCCAGGAGCUAUUCCAGGAGUCGCUGUCGAAGAUUUACAGUCCCGAAAUGUUUCCCCAGGCGAAGGAUUUGGUGAACACGGCAAUAUUACUGCAGGCGGCGCCACCUAUACUAAAUAAGAUCAGUGAGAUGACGCUGUCGCUGGCAGCGCAGAUUUCAGACAAGGUCAUGGACGAGGUGCUCGAGUCACUGUCAAAAAUGCACAAGAAUCUGACCAACCCCUUGUCAGCGAAGAGAAAGAGCGUUUACAGCAGGAUGGUGCGACCGCAGUCAUCGUACGUCGGUGACAGCUUUGACGACUGUGACAGGUCGGUCGAUGACGUGGUCGUCAGCGACGGUCACACCCCGAGGGCCGUCGCUAACGGACUGUUGUCGCCGUCGCCCCCGGAGACGGAUGAAGCCACCGACACGUUACCGGAGCUCGCCGAGCAGCCUAGACUCGAUCAUCUGGGAAAGAGCCGACCGCGCCGACUCAAGAAACACUCGUCCUCCCAAGUCCUCGUGGCGGCGCCACCUGUCGACGGACACGCGCCGGCAGACGACUUUUUCGGCGCUCACAUUCCGAUGUCUCCAGACGGGGUCGCGACCCUCGUGACAUCAUCGGCGGUGCCACCCAUGUCCCCGCCUCCAGUUUCCCCCCGGAACAAGGAGGAUGAGAAGGAAGGUUUGAAGAAGUCAAAGGAUAAGUCACAAAGUCCCGUUACCCCGGCGACGAAGCCUUCGAAGGAUAAAAAGGAGAGAACGUCUUUCAUGUCCAGCAUGUUUGGGAAGCUGACCAGUAGGAACUCCGUGGCAACAGAUGCUGACGCGGAGGAGGAUGCUCGGACAGCGAGCGUGGUCGAGGCGCCCGCCGUUGACCACCAGGUGCCUCUGUACUCCGUGAUAGAUCGCAACCUGUCACCGCCGCCUGUGCCGGACAGGAAACUGCUGCAGGACGAUGCUGAGUCUCCCGCGGACAGCAUCAGCGGCGCCCCCUCACCAGCAGCGGCGGGCGGCAGCAGUGGCGCCCUCUCACCGGCGGCGGGUGGCAUCGGUGGCGCCCCCUCCGCGGCUCCUGCGGGCGUGCGACGUUCACCGAACGCAGGGGGACCUCCGAUUGGUGCCGGACUGCUCGCCGAGAUGCGCGUCGCUCAGGAGAAGCGCCGCUCCCACGCCGCGCCGCCGCCGGCGCCCCCUGCCCGCCCGCCGUCCGACGCUCGCCGCCCGCCACCACCGCCGGUCAAGCUCUCGUCCAGCGGCUCUCCGAAGCUGCUGAGCGCGACGAGGUUCGAGCCAGACGGAGACAAGAGAACAGCAGCGCAGGCGGAGGAAGAUGGCGGCAGCACGGAUUUCCGCUCGCUGCUGAAACCCGCGGCGACGGCGGGGAAGAUGGCGGCUCGGACGAGCGGCGCCGCGGAGGCGGGCGACGUCGCCGACGCGCCGACCCCUGAGCCCAUGGUGGCGCCCCCUGCGAACGGAUCUGCAGCGACAAAGCCGGCAGCGCCCCCUGCGAACGGAUCGGCGGCGGCGGCAAGACUGUCAGCGCCCCCUGGGAACAGAUCAGCGGCGGCAAAGCCGGCAGCGAAGAAGCCGGUGGCGCCCGCGUUGAAGGCGAAAACAAGAGGCAGUACUGGUGGCGGCGAGGUGCCGCGCAGCACGUCCAAGAUUGAUGAGACCGUGCGGCACUUUUUCGAGGGUUGA